UGACCAUUGAAUUGGAGAUAGGAUUUUUUGUGCGGGCUAAGGCAGACACAUUCAUCGUUCAACAUUCAUCAUAUUCUUCAAAAAAGAAAAAACAGUCUUAGAAAUGACACGAUCCUUGGUAAUGGCUUCUUCAUCAAUGUCAUGUCCGAAGCUGGGGAAUUGUGCAGUGUCACAUACAAAGUUCCAAGCUUUUCAUCUCUCUUCAAUGUUCUCUCCACUGGAUCGAGGCCUUUUCUCACCUUGGAGUGGUUUAAAGCAUCUGGGUAUCUCAGCUAAACCAAAACCUCUUCUUCACAUAGAUAGAAAGGGAGGGUGUAAGGGUAAAGUGGUAUAUGCUUCUCUCUUUGGGGUUGGAGCUCCUGAGGCUUUGGUAAUUGGGGUCGUUGCUUUGUUGGUUUUUGGCCCUAAAGGUCUUGCUGAGGUUGCUCGAAAUCUGGGAAAAACAUUGCGUGCAUUUCAACCCACCAUUAGAGAGCUUCAGGAUGUUUCAAGGGAAUUUAAGAGUACACUUGAGCGGGAGAUUGGUCUUGAUGACAAUUUAAGUCCUACCCAGAACACAUACAAUUCCAAUGUACGUAAUACCACACCAACUUCAUCAUCCACUGUUGACCCCAAUGGCACGCUAGACCCUACUAAAGCAUACAGCUCUGAGGAGUAUCUUAAGAUUACAGAGGAGCAGCUGAAGGCAUCUGCUGCACAACAGCAGGGGCAAACACCUCCCAAGGAAGGCGAGAAUGGGCCUCAAAUCCAGCCUCCUGCUGAGGAAACAGCUACUACAGUGCCUCCACCUCAGAAGCCAGAAAGUGAAACGUAACCUCUGGAUUCAUAGGCAUAGGGAGUUAAAAGUAACUUGUCCAAUUAUCACUUCAGUGCCCGGAAUGUGGGCACUACUAUUGGCACAAGAGAUGAGAAGGGUCAGGCAAUUUUGUUACCAGGUAGUCAUUAGAGUUAUGUAAAAUGUAAAGAACAAAACCAUUAGCGAGUAGUGUGUUUCCAAAUUUGUCGUAGUUAUAUUUGUCAUUAUUGAUCAUUGGAUAUCAGAACCGCAAUGUAAGCGUUAGCAAUAUUUUGUUUGAGCUUUGCUUUUGGUAAUAAAUCCGACUCCUUAAUGGCGGUUGUGUUUUGAAA